UUCUGAUUCUCCGCUCUUGCCCGAGUUCGCAGCGCAUCAAUCACCUUCAGAGCCAGGCCUUGCCAUUCUCAUUACUUAUCCAUUAGACCAUGGCCCGUGUAUCAUUCCAACCGACCCCGCCAGCUCGUUUUGCCAGCACUCUGGCCAAACGGUGGGGACCGACGCUAGGCAUAUGGGGCUUAUUGUCUGUUACCCCGGUUGUGAAAAAGGGUUUUCUCGUAAAUAUUCCGCUGGUGAGGUUCUAUGUUAUCAUGUACAUUCAUCCUGCUCAUUGUUCAAAUCUUGCGCGUGACGGAUACAACUUUAGAUUGGGAAUUACUACGAGGACAAAACACCUGCUUCGGACAAGCCGUUCUGAAUGUCCCGCAAUUAUAGACACAUACCGCCCUUUGAAAUACCACUAUUUCAUUUAAUGUAGAAUGCGGCCGCCCAGAAUAUAAAUUUGUGAUCAUCUAAAU